GGGCCGUUGCUAGGAUAUGGCCGGCAACACAGAAUGUGGCGGGUGCGGACGCUGCUUCCUCUGAGAGAUUUUUGAGAAACCUGUGCGACCCAAGUAGCUGCUUUUCUGAGUCAGGAAAAUGUCUGAUCAGAAAGAAGAAUUUGUUGCUCAGAAUACUGUUAAUGCAUCAGAAGAAAAUGAUGAUGCUUUUGAGACUAUCAAUAUUCCGGUUCCCUCAGAAGAGCUUCCGGAGUCCGAUCAAACUGAAGAUAAUGAAUCUGAAGUAGCACUGUCUGGUGAGGGCCAUGGCACACAUGCUGAGGAGGAAAGUAGCCAGAGGUUACCAAGCCUGGAACCAAACGACGAAGAACAACCUGUGGGAGAGGUUAUGUUGCCCAAACACGCUUCAUAUUCUCCAAGACAUUCUCCAAAGCACUAUCGAACUGAAUAUGAUAAUGCAAUGCUGCCAGCCAGAGGGUAUUCUGGAUCUCUGACACUUCUGAAUAAAAUACAGGCCAUAAAGGAAUCUCUGAAAACAUCAAUGAAAGAUUCCUUAGCAACAGUAAAAGUUGUACUUUUUCCUGUGGGCCAGGAAAUUAUAAUGCCUUUUAAAAUAGACUCCAUUGUAAAGUACCUCAAGGAUCAUUUUUCAUACGUAUUAAGUAUCCCAUCUAACGUACUGCAGAUGAGAUAUUCAGGAAUAAUCCUUAAAAAUAAUGAGACCCUACUACAACAUGGAGUUAAGCCACAGGAUAUUGUACAAGUGGAAAUCUUUUCUACAGAUCCAGAUCUAUUUCCAAUCAAAAGAGUAGAUGGAUUAAGUGAUGCCUCUCACAUCAUAACUGUCAGAGUACAAACUGGCAUUGCUCAGUACCAGGACGUAGCUGUUGAGAUUAUAAAAUCUGACUUUCACAAACCAUUUCUUGGUGGAUUCAGACAUAGAAUAACAGGAAUAGAAUAUCACAAUGCUGGAACACAAACUGUACCUAAAAAGAUUACCAAAAAAGACUAUGCAUUUUGUAGGGAUACCCAGACAGUUUUUCAGAGAAAAAAGCUCCAGCAAACUACAAAUACAACAUCCACACAGAUGACUAAAAUUGGGGUGUAUGUAUCAAAUAUGACUGAUAAACUGGUAACACCAGGAAAAUAUUUUUCAGCAGCAGAACACCAUGCUCAAAGAUUACAGGCGGUAAUAGUGUUACAGACUUACUAUAGACGAUGGCAUGCUAAAGUCAUGGUAGAGAAUUUAAGAAGACAGAAAAUGUUAAGGUUGAAGUGGGAAGCAGAGGAAGAACAGAGGAAGAUAAGAGAAAAAGAAGAAUGGAUGAAAUUGGACUAUCACCGGAGGCAUAAUCCUCAGACAAAAGAAGAUUUUGAGCUUCUUUAUAAUGCCCUGGAACUCUGGCGGCAAGAAGAACUUGCACGCAUUAACCAAUCUUUCACUGGGGCUGAAAGGAAAGCUGCUUUGUGUGAACUUCUGGAAAAAGAGACCCAGAUAAUUGCUUCCAUUGGGAGGCAUAGAUACAUUGCAUAUACGGCAAACCAGGAAGCACUGAUACAAGCUUUUUUGGAUAAGUGUUCAGCUCCAAAGGUAUGGAGAACAUUUAGCGGCAAAAUAAUUGAGAUGGAUACACAGUUCACCAUCAGAGCCAGAGAGCUGCAGAACAUCUAUAAAUGCAUAAUGCUGAAAAAUAUCUCUCAAGAUGAAAGACUGGAUGUACUCCUAACACUUAAACAUACUGUGAAGGAACAUGAAUGUAAACUGACUCAGGAAAUUCUAGAAUUGAUUGACAGAGAGGUUGACCUUAUGAUGAGAGGCGUCAAACAUCAUAAUCUUGAAGGGCUCAGAAAAAGAAUCGCAACACUCUUUUUUCAUUACAUCAAAACACCUCUAUUUAAUCCAGAAGUUGCAAGACACCUUAAGGUCCCUCAAGACCCAUUGAAGUUUUAUAAGAAGAUUUACUUUUGCCACAGUUGCCAGCUCUAUAUGCCUUCCACAGAGUUUGCCGUAUCAUCCACCUCACACCGCGCAUACCGGUGUCGUAACUGCGUUAACCUUGACAAUGAGACUCGGCAACGAGAAUCAUUUCUGAAGUACAAAUGUUUACUUCAACGGCUCUACUAUUCAGAAGCUAAUUAUGAAGAUGAUUCUAAAAUUGCUUUCCUGAUGCAGCUAGAAGAUAUUCAGUACCUGAUAGAGAACAUCUGGGCAUCGCAGUCAGCACUCAGUGCCUGGAAUGAUCUCCAUGAUCUGGUCAUGGUCAGGUGGGAUAAGUCCUUGGAAUGGUCCCCGUGGAACUGCAUUCUUCUUACCAAAGAUGAAAGCAUUGCUCAUCUCAAGCUAACAAGUAUUGAAGAGGGAUAUGAACCCUCGUUUAUUCACAAGAUCAAACACAAACAUAUCCUGGCUAAGAACUAUUUUUCUCAAAUUCCAGUGCUGGCUUCAUUUAUACUUGAUGAUGGUGAGAUAGAUGAGAUCAGAAAGAAAUAUAACUCAGAAACAACACCUAAGAUUAUAGUGUCCCAGAGACCUAGUCCUUAGAAGAUCCAGGAGUGUUUGAUGAUCAGCACUUUUGUCCACUGCUAAUAGAGUAAUAAGAGACCACACAAUAUGGAAAUAGAAUUUUAUCUUUUUAUUGAUUUUAAUUGUUUUUUGUUUCUCAUAUUAUCAUAAGUUGUAUAAAGAUAAAACAUCCCUAUAUAAAUGCUUUAUUGUUACACAAUUAGUGAUCAAUUGAAAUAUAGUUUUGUUCCUGAAAUUAAUGUUUUAAGAUAAAGAGAACAUUUUAUUCUUCACACUUUUACAUUAAAAUAUUUAAAAUCUCAAGUGCACUAUAGUUAAAACCAACAAACAAAACCUAGGCUCAACUUUCAACUCAAGUAAUUUAUUUUAAGGUAAAUAUAGUUAUAGAAGAAUAGUCAGUAUGUGGAUGGGAGGAAACAUAGAAUUCCAUUUUUGAAAAUCUUUACAGGUAAGACAAAAGAUGCUAUGUUUUAAUACAGUGAUGUGAAUCUUCACUUUUUAUCUUCUACUUUUAUCUUCCAUCCUUCCUGAAAUCCCAGUAAAACAACUGGAAUUAUUUAUAAACAAACAAAGAAAUAAACGCAUUCUAUGCUGGAAAACGGGGUAAACGGUAGAACUAUCUUUUAUCCUGUGGGAGUAAAACUGCCAGUGGGGCAAUGAUGAAAUUCUGUAGGAAGAAUAAACUUGGUUAAAUAAACUAUAGCAACCCCUUUCCCCAAUAAGCCAAAGGAAUAACCUUAACCGCAUGCUUGUCAGACUUACAGUGAUGAAUAAGAAUGUGUGAGUCAGUCUUAAGAGAAGAUUGAUGGCACACUCAAAAUAGGAAAAUUCAAGGAGGGUUUAUUUACAAAGGGCCUUAUUAUAAAGUGUGGGCAGUGUGUAGGGAAACUAAAGGAAUAGUGCAGGAACCCUGGGCCAGUAUGAGAUAAGCUGUCUCUACUGCUAGUCUCCAAUGAGCCUGGGGAGGGAGAGGUCUGAGAACUCAGAGUGUAACGUAGAUAUAUGAGAGGAUCAGAAAACAACUGUCAAGGGAUGGCCAACCCUAGAUGGUCUCAGGAACUGGAGAAAUAAAUACUCUAAUUUCAUGCUUCUCCCUUCCUCCAGUCUCCUGCUUGCAUUUCCCAUUUAUAGAACCCAGAAGUAAAGCAGGAGAAAUAGAAGUCUGUUGGAAUAAUUCAUGCAGCUCUGGGGCAAAGAGUAGAAGAGAUAAUGGGAAAAGUGGAGCUGGAUGACUAAAUAGAAGAUAUCUCGCUAGAGAGAAAGAAUUUAAAGUGAAACUCUGUAACUCAAGUAGCAGUAUUUCUCACACACACACA